AUGGGCAGAUCAGAGAAAUUGUAUGUCACACAGAGCGAGUGGAGUGGAGAGAAGGGCCAGCAUCUUAGAUCUAAAGGCGCUUUCAAUCCAAUGCACAACGCAGAAGCAGGAUUCAAGCCAUUGCCAUUCGAUUGUUGCGCAUUGAGUCUAGCGCCUUUUGAAAAUCCAGUGAUGAUCAAGGAAACUGGCACUGUGUUUGACCUUAUAAAUAUCCUACCUUACAUUAGAAAAUACCACUCAAAUCCAGCUUCCGGGAAUCCAACCACUAUUAAAGACCUUAUCAAGCUUCAUUAUCAUAAGAAUGCAACAGGCGACUAUUACGAUCCUGUGACCUUCAAAACCUUUAACCAGCACACUCAUAUUGUUGCUAUUGCCUCCUCUGGAAACGUUUUCUCUUUCGAUGCUAUCGAUAAGCUCAACAUUAAGGCUAAAUUCUGGGAGGAUCUUCUCACUGGCCAGCCAUUCACCAAAGCUGAUAUCGUCACUCUUCAAGACCCUCGCAAUCCACCCAAUUUGAACGAGUUGGAAUUCAUUAAGAACAAGAAAAUCGUUUCUGAUAAGGAAGCUGAUGAAGUACUCAAUGACCCACUCGGAACUAUCAACGUUAAUGCAACUGGUGGUGCCAGUGCUCUCCUCAAGAAAAUCUCAGAUAAGCAAAACGAAGGCAAAGAAACGAGCGACAGUCAGUCAACAGACAAUAGCCACUUGGUGAAAGCACCCACGCAUUUCCCCAAAACUGGUAACCAACCAGCCAGUGGAUCACUCACUGGUGUGAAAGCCUACAACGCUGCGAAACACAGCACAGGCCGCACAGCUGCCUCCUUCACAUCCACCAUACUAGAUCCACAAUCACGCAACGAAUCAGCCCUGAUAGAUGAGGAUGAGCUUAUGUUCGAAGAGGUAGAGAAACUAGCUGGUGCACGCGGGAAAGACAAGGCAAAAGGAAAAGCCUACGUACGCAUAGUAACAAACCACGGCUCUCUCAAUGUAGAGCUACAUUGUGAAAAAGCUCCAAAAACUUGCUAUAAUUGGCUCAUGUUAGCACGCGGUCGCAAAUACGACGGUGUGUCAUUCCACCGCAAUAUCCCAGGAUUCAUGAUUCAGGGUGGAGACCCGUCUGGUACAGGACGCGGUGGGGAGUCUUUCUACGGUAACCCAUUCGGCGAUGAGUAUGACCGUAAAGGUGCCUAUAAGCAUGAUGCACGCGGUGUAUUUGCAAUGGCAAAUGCUGGCCCUUCCACAAACACUUCACAAUUCUUCAUAACAUAUAGACCUACACCGCAUCUCGAUGGAAAACACACAGUCUUCGGCCAUCUCGUUGGCGGGAUGGACACACUGGCCAGUCUCGAAUCUAUACAGGUCGAUAAGGCGACAAGUAGACCUAUGCGUACUAUUAGAAUGGAGGAAAUUCAAAUCUUCUCGGAUCCGUUCGAAGAAUACAAAGCUAAUUUGGCGAACCGUAUGAAGAGGGAAAGAGGGGAUUACGCAGAUGAGGAAAGGAAAGCACGCAUGAAAGCGAAUAAAGAGAAAAACAGGACGACGUGGUUUGGUACGGAUCUUGGUGAAAAGCAAAUUAGGUCGCAGCCCGCUACCAAGGAAGAUGACAACAUGAAGGAGCUGCUAGGUGGUACUGGCGGAGGAGGUGUUGGAAAAUACCUCUCUCUCAAACGACCCGCUAAUCCUGAUGCUGGGGUGCCGCCAAAGAAAAAGAAGGAUAGGAGUGGAUUCAGUGAUUUCAGCUCGUGGUAA